AUGAUUACACUUUUAUUAAAAAAAAAGGUUAUGAUAGUUUUGCUAGCAGCUAGUCUAUCAAUGGCAACAGGAACUUUCAGGAAACUAAAAGAAUUCGACAUAGACCACUUCAAAGAAAAACUUUUCCACCCAUUUCGACACCACAUAGAAAAAAUACACAACCACUUCAGCGGCCAUUCAAAUAAACUACCACUCCAUCAUGAAGGCUUGCCUCAUCCCCAUCAUGAGAUACCUCAGCAUCAUCAUACACAAGGCAUCGCGCCACACCACCAUCCACAUAAAGAAGUGCAUCAUGUAGAACCCCUCGGCCACCAUAUCGGGUUCCACGGUUUUGACUACGGUUUAGGACAUGGGUUUGAUCAUGGAUUUGGUGUGGGAUUCCACCACGACUUUGGGCAUGACAUUGCACACGGGUUUGAUCAUGAUUUUGGAGGUUUUCAUGAUUUUUUUGAUCAUCAUCAUGGACUUUAUGAUCACAGUUUUCACGGGUUUGAUCCUUACAGUUAUGGAUAUGGCCAUAUUCACGGACAUGAAUUAUAUUAA